CUGAUCGUGAAUACAAAAAUAAAAUAAGAACUAUGCAAAAAAAAAAUAAAAUAGUAAAAUAACUUUAAUUGACAGUUAAAUACAAUUAAAAUUGAAUAACACAACCUCUAAAAAAAUAAAACGAGGGAAAAAAACCCAGAGGAAUAACAGGAAAAUAAAACUGUGUGUUUGUGUUAUUAUUUUAGCUGUUCUUGUUAUUUAAUCCCGUUUUUUUUUACAUUAUCCUUAUAUCCUUUUACCUAUAAUAAUAUUUUAUAAUAUUUUUUAUUUUUGAAAAUAAGGCAAUAAAGUAACUUUUAAUUUUUUAAUUUAAAUUUAUAAAAAAAAUAAAAUAAAAUAUAAGUAAAAAUAACGGUAAAAAAAGUAUACAACAUUUACCACGCACAGAACGUUCUGAACACGAAAAGUGGAAACACAAAUAACCAAAAAAUUAAAAGUGGCAUCGAUUAUAUUGAAAUUUAUUUCAUUUUAUUAUAAAAUUAGUGUAAAAUGUUAACCACAAAAUUUCAAACACUUUACAUUGGAUUGGUAUUUUUUGUGCUUCUACUAAAAUUAUCAAUUUCAAAUUCAUUGCCAACAACAUCUGAAACAAAAACAAGAACAACAACGAAAGAAUCAUCAUCAUCACCAACUACAUCAUCAGAAGAAUCAAAUAUUAUUAGCUUUUUAAAUCAACCAGGUCAUGGUAAAACUCAUUUAAGUACAAAUGAUAAUAAAAAUCAAGAUGAAAAUGAUGAAGAUGAUAAUUUAUUUAUAAAACCAUUAGAUGAUAUUCUUGGUUUAAAUUUCGAUUUAUUUGAUACAUGGGCUAAAAAUUCUAAUAAUAAUUCAAAAGGAUCAUCAUCAUCACCAUCAGAUAAUAAUAAUAAUACAGAUUCAUUUAAUAUAUCAAGUACAACCACUUUUAUACCAACAGAUAAUAAUAACAAUAAUAGUUAUAAUAAUAAUCAUAAUAAUAAUGAAAAUACAAGUACAGAAUAUAGUUUAUUUCCUCGUCGUCCUUUACAACGUUUUCAUAAUACAUUACAUAGAAUAUUUUCAAGUAUUUCAAAUCGUAUUUCAUCAAAUGGAAUUGAACAGAGAGAUUAUGAUGACAGAAUACUGCAACAUCAACGGGAGCAGUAUAAGAAACAGCAAGAACAGAAACUACAAAAACAUCGACAACAUUUUAAUCAAACAAACAAUAACAGCAACAGUUCAGAAAAAAUAAAUACAACUAAUAUUUUUGAGAUAGUAGAUGACAAAAAUAGUGCAAAUAAUUUAAGUGACAAUAAUAAUGGCAAUAGUAAAGAAAAAUCUCAAUUUGAAAAUGUAGUAAAAUCUACUUCAUCAUUAAAUUUCAGCGGAAAAAAUCAUAAUUAUAGAUCAUUACGUUUAAUUGAUGAUAGUACAUCAAAAGAAUCAUCAACAGCAACAACAACAACAUUAAGUAAUAAUUUAUUUAUGAGAUCAUCAUCAAACAGUCAAACAAAUUAUGAUCAAAAUACAAUAAUAGAUCCAAAUCAUAUUAUUGUAUCGAUGAAAAAUAUAACUAUUGAUGCUAAUAAUUUAUAUACAAGUGAAUCAACAUUAUCCGAUGAUGAUUUAUUUAAUUUAGAUGAAAAUAAUGAUAAUAUGAAUAAUAUACAUAAAAAUAAUAAUAAUAGUAAUAAUUUAUUUAUAACAACGACAGGAUUUAGAAAUAAAACAAGAGCAUUUAUAACAUUCAUUUUUACACCAUUAUCAAAUCUAUGGUCGAUUGCACAACGAAAUUUACCAAUAUGGCCAUUAAAUGUUAUAAGAAAUAAUAAUGAUAAUAAUAAUAUGAUGGAAGAUGAGACAUUUACAAUAACUUCAAAUCAAAAUAAUAUUGAAGAUAAGGAUCCAAGCAAUAAAAAUGAUACCGGCGUUGAAACAACAAAUAACCGAAAUAACAGCACUCUAUUGCAAAUAGAUCUUUUUAAAAAUAAUCAUUUACAAAAUAUAUCACAGACAUUUCUUAAUAAUUUUCGUCCUGGUGGUAGUAUACCAUCUGUAUUAUCAAGAAUAAGACAGAGUGUAUCGUUACCAUUUUAUCAAAAUCCAAAUAAUUCAAUUAAAAAUGUUUACCGACGAAUUAAUGAAAGAAUGCCAUUUCGAAAAGAAUUUCGCAAAUAUGUAACACCAGCAGAUGAUUUAAUUGUCAAUGAAAGUUUUGAAUCAACUACUUCAACUUCAUUAGGUAAUCAAAAUCAUCGAAUAAAAGAUUUAAUGCAAAAACAGCGGUUGAUUGAUCAAAGUUCAAAAGAAGAACAAAACGGUUUAGAGAAUAAAACUAACAAAACUCAAAAUAUGAAUUAUAAUGGUCACCGUAACAGGAAUAAUGAUGAUGAUGACGAUGAUGAUGAUGAUGAUAGAAAUAUUGUUAUACUUAAUUCAAAAGAAGAUGAUGAUGAAAUUCAACAUAAGCCACCGGUAUCAGCAUCACCACGUGUUUAUUCAGAAAAUUUAGGAAUUUAUAUUUUAGAAAUAUUUGGUACAAUUAUUGGUUUAACUUGGGGUGCUCUAAGUACAAUACAGAAUUUAUUUACAAAAAGUAGUUGAUUAAAAAAAUUAUUAAGAUAUUUUUUAAAUAAACAUAUGCAA